AUGUUCAGGAACGUAUUUAGAUUAUCAAACAUUCCUCAUUAUAGUAGUAGUGUACAAAAACGUUCUUUUUUAACAAUUGUUAAUCAAGGUUUCGAAGCAUAUCGAACGACAUUUGGAAAAAAUCCAGUUCAUUUAAAACCAGGUCUAUGUUUAUUGAUACCUGUAUUACAUAAUGUUCAAAAAGUUGACAUGCGUGAAGCUGGUAUGACAGUUGAAAAAAUCGAUGCAUUUACUAAAGAUAAUGUUCCCGUUGAAUUAUCAGCUGUUUUAUUUUAUCAAGUUAAAAAUGCUUAUAAAGCUUGUUUUGAUGUCACUGAUUAUCGUUCAGCCAUUCGUUCUGUUGGAACAUCAUCACUUCGUUCUAUUGUUGGACAGUUUGAAUAUGAUCAUAUUAUUGGCGAUCGAAAUAAACUGAAUAAAGAAUGGUUAUUAGUCGUUGGUACUUCUAUUGAACAUUGGGGUGUUCAAACCACAAAAGCUGAAAUACAAUCAUUUGGACCCUUAGAUGCAUCUGUAGCUAAAACAUUAGAAAAACAAAUGGAUGCAGAACGUGAUCGUCGACAACAGGAAUUAAAUACAAGAGCUAAAAUAAAUAUUAGUGAAGGUGAAAAACAAUCAACAAUCCUUCAAAGUGAAGGAAAUUUGAUUGCAGCUAAGAAUCUAGCUGAUGCUAAUUUAUUAACAGCAAAAAAACAAGCUGAAGGGCAACGAUAUUUGAUUGAACAAGAAACAUUAGCUCUUACGCAACAAUUACAAGCAAUUAGUAAAGAAUUAAAUAAUGAUCAUUAUUUGGCGGUUCAGUAUUUACUAGCCAGACGAAGAUUCGAUGAAUUACAAGCCAUUGCUAAUGGAAAAAAUAAUUCGACCUAUUUUAUUAAUAAUCAGAAUGAGGGUGUGGGAAGCUUGAAAAUCUUCUCAGAUCUAAUGAAAAAAGACUCAUGA